AGAAGAAAUCCAUCAUGGCGGAUUUUUAUGUUCGUUAUUAUGUGGGACAUAAAGGCAAAUUUGGACACGAAUUUCUCGAGUUCGAGUUCAGGCCUGAUGGUAAGCUAAGGUACGCCAAUAACUCGAACUACAAGAACGACACCAUGAUCAGGAAAGAGGCUUUCGUCUCAAAAAGUGUUAUGGAUGAGCUGAAACGAAUCAUUGAAGACAGUGAAAUUUUAAAAGAAGAUGAUUCAGUUUGGCCACAACCAGACCGAGUUGGCCGGCAGGAACUUGAAAUUGUGAUGGAUGGAUUACAUAUUGCUUUUACAACAUCAAAAAUUGGAUCUUUGGUUGAUGUGAACCAGUGCAAUGAUGCUGAUGGUCUGAGAUGUCUUUACUACCUAGUUCAAGACUUAAAAUGUCUUGUGUUUUCUCUCAUUGGCCUGCAUUUUAAGAUCAAACCAAUUUAAAACAAAAAAAACAUUAGUCUAUUCUAGGACUUGAACAAUGUAUAAAUCACGUAAAUAACUCGCAGUGAAAAAGCAGACUUACGAUUUAGAGAAAGAUAACUUUGGCACAUACGCACACUUCACGUUAAUUAUCAAUAAGUCAAACAGACAGAAGCUUUGCACUUAAACCUGCUUAUUAAUAGGCGUUAUGCGCUGUACUGUAGACUAACUUUGGAUUUAGGCAACAGGAGGGAACUAAGAUACCUAGAAAGAGCAUACUCAAAUUAGUAUAAUUGCAAAGAUUAGUUGGAAAUUUUUGUGAAAUGCGGAAAUUUGCAAAUUUGUAUAUUUUUGUAUUACGUAAAGAAAUAUAAAGGCCCGUUUACACUUUCGAUUUUUGCUGCGAUUUUCUUCUUUAGACAAAUGUGAACGAGGGAAUUAGUUACGCAUGUUCAAAUAAGAGCUCUUUUACAUCAGAGCAUUUGUAACUAGUUACUCUUUCACAUUGACCAAAAGAGGAAAAUCGCACAUAAAAUUGCAAGUGAAAACAGGCCUUAAUACAUAAGUAUAUAAAAUUUGCCAACUUUUCAUGCCAUUUUUCAUACGUUUUUUUAGCAUGCUGUUUUCCGAAAGUGUCCUUUUUAUUGCCUAAAUCAGUAAAGAAUUGAUCUAUAGCGCCUAACGUCUAUUUCAUGUGUAUUACGUUUUGAACUUUGCAAGCUCACGAACCGGAACGUGACACAGUUCACAAGAUGUUGUGUGGUUUUUCGAAAGAUGGAUUUAUUUUUCGGUGCACAAUAGUCCCAGUCCUUUUUCUUGCUUUUGUCUGCUCUAGACUUCUCUAGACAUUGUUCGAUUACGUUCUCAUGCUCGGGUGCGCGAAAAAACCUGGGUACGAAGAUAUAAACGACUCAGUAGCCAAAAGACCUGUUCGGCUUGUAUGCAAAUUAACACAUUUCAAAUCAAAUGGUUAAGUUUUUUUGGCUAUUCCAUGGUCACAACAUCUGAAAUGGGUUCAUUUGCAUGCAAGCUGAAAUGGUCUAUUAACGUUUUUUAAAAACUUGUAUUUUAUGCAAUAAAGUUGAACAAACUUA